AUGGGUGUUAUAUGUGAAAUAAACGUGUUUAAAUCUGACAAUGAAGAAUUCAGACCAGGAGAUGAAGUAUCAGGAUUAAUCAGAUACGCGGUUGAUGAUACAACUGUAUUUCAUAAAAUAACAGUUUCUUUGAAAGGACACGGCCGUUUACGUAUAGUAAACACAGAAAGGAAACAUAAUCGUGAAUACACUAAUAAAGAAGAAUAUGUAGAUAUUGAUAAUGUUAUAGUUGGCAAUGAAAAUUUAUUGUUGGUGUCCAAAGGAAACGGAACUAAGGAAUACGAAACAAAGUUUAGUUUCAAACUUCCAGAAGAUAUACCACCUUCGUAUGUGUACUGCAGUAACAAAGGUGGCUACUACAUAAAAUGUAAGAUAUUAUAUUAUAUUAGAAUUAAAUUUAAAAAAUGUGGUGUGUUACCGUUGCCUAAAAGGUUCAAGAAAGAGAUUACAGUAGGAACAGCGUUUAAACCUACUUUACCAAAAUCUCCAGUUAUUUACGGCGAGCAAAGGAAAAUAGUGAAAUUGUUCCCCAGUAACAAUACAAUAAGUAUAAAAGCCGAUAUCGAAAACUCAGUGAUUAAAUGCGGUGAAAUUGUGACUUUUGGUUAUGAAAUAUUAAAUAACACACACGUGGAAUUGAAAGGUGUUAAAGUGAAAUUAGUGGAAGUACACUCGUUUAAGGCAAAAGGUUUGCAUCGUGUGAAAAAAGUUACAAAUAUUGAAGAAUCAACUUCUAGGACACCUGCAAUACAACGUGGUGGUACUCAGAAGCUUGACUUUGCGAUUGUUGUACCUGUUGACAGAAAAACAAUGCAACAUUCUUCAAUAGCAUCUAUAGAUUAUUUUAUUAGAAUUAAAGUAUUGUUACCAAUGUUUAGACAGAAUUUUACACUUGAUAUACCUAUUGAAGUUGGUGAUGAAAUGUUAGAUGAAGCUGUAUGUCUUGAUGCGCCACCACCAUCGUAUUGGGAAGUGAUGGGAGAAUGUGAAAAGAGAAAAAUAUUCGGUGAUGAUGAUUAUGAAACUGACGAUGAUAUAUAA